AUGGCUGGAUAUGGAAGCUCAGAGGUGAGAACUCCAAUUUUCUCUGGCGAAAACUAUGAGUUUUGGAAGAUUAAGAUGGUGACCAUAUUCAAAUCAUAUGGGCUUUGGAAUCUAGUAGAGAAGGGAAUUCCAAUCUCCGAUUCGAAAAAGAAGAAGAAGGCAUCUGAGGAAAUCUCAAAAGAAGAUGAUGAUGAGAAAGCAGCGACAAUUCUCAUGAAGGGUGCAAAAGCUUUGGGUAUUAACCAAAAUGCAGUCUCAGAUAAGAUUUUCCCAUGA